CAACAUUUUCAAUGUGAUUAAAAAAGUGUAAACCGCUACAAAAGAAAUAUUAUGUCUUUUACUUCAAACGUGUUCUAAUGACUUCUCUAUAACAUCGCGAUAUCCAGCAACUACAAAAAAAUAAAAAUAAACGGUGCUCUCCGAAGAGGAAGCGUUUACAAGAGUAAUCUGUGAUCUUCAUACAUGUUUCUCGUGUAUAUACGAGCGCGUUACGAGCCUACAAUUAUAUCAUCAGAGUCUACAUCCGCGAGCGUUAAGGCGACCAUUAAAAACACAUUGACUAUGAUCGCAGAAUUAUUAGCGAUCGGCAAACAUAUAAAUGGCGCAGACGUCCAAUGAUCUAACGCUCUACUUUCACCAUCGACAAGAGAUUAUCAAUAACGGCCCGGCACUUGUAGGUUGCUUGCCGUCGCUGCUGUUGAUUGGGAGUAACAAAUGCUGCAUUAUCAAUAAGACCCUAUUAUGCUUGAGUGAACCGUAAUGUAAUGACACACAGCAAUCGGUCGCCACCGGGCGUAGAAUGCGCGCGAGAAUAAUUUUACUGACACGAAGAGAUUCACGAGCGGAAUAAUCGGACCAUUAAUUAUCAUCUUUGGAGCCAACGUCUUCGGUCUCUCUUCAGUGUCAAGAUUAAAUUAGGAUAUAUCUUUGUCCAAUGUAUUUACAACUUAUUUUUCAUCUAGUUUCCAUAUGCUGCUGCUCGAUUCAUAAAUUGCAAGUUGUUUUGCAUGCCGAUGAGGUGGAAUUUUAUAUCAGAGAACGACAAUUGCUACAUGUUGAAGAACUGAGACAUCGUUCCGCUUAAUUCAUGCUUUACGGACUUAAUGUAACGACCGGCUUUAUUAUUUUAUACAUAAUUACGAGACACGCGUAGUCGUGGAACAUGAAAGCAGGCCGUGCGGUGAAAAGAGGCUAAAAAAAGAUUUCUCCGCAUGCUGCCCGAUCACUCGGAAAUAAAAUGCAAUUAUUAAAUCCCAUCGGUUGUAAUUCAUUAUGCGGCGCGGUCGCAUAAUUACUUCCGCCGAGUCGACGCUCUCAACGGGAUUUUACGCGCUACGAAAUUAAUGGUCCGAGGUGAAUUUCAUAACUGCCGCGCGCGCCCAUGACUCCAGUAUAAAAUUAACAGGAAUCUCACGAGAGACUAGUAUUAAGUACCGAUGUUUGUACGUACGUUUCUGUCGGGCCACGUGCAAUGACAACCAAUUACCAAACGCAUCGCCAUGAAGAUUUACGCGUCUGAUGUAAUUAUAUAUUUUAACGUUUCGAGAUUUUCAUUUGAUCGUCCAAACGUUUAGCGAUCGAAAAAUUAUUAAAUGGAUUGGAUUUCGUUCCGUAGCGCGUAAAAUGUACACAUUGAAGAAAGUUCAGAAGGAAGAGACAUCACGCUACACGCGUUUAAUCAGCUUAAUUAGCGCUAUAAAUAAGGCACGCGAGAAACAUAUCUUUCUCGAUGAAACGCCGGCUUUCUCGACGACACUUUAUACGAUCAUUACAACGCAGCGCCUUGGUAUUCUAGAUUACUCAGAAGUCUCAGAACCGCGAUUACGCCACGUGUAUUUUCUAUUUUUACGAAUUACUCAUCCGUUAUUAAAACCUGUCAUUUACGCAACUUGCUUUGAACGUUGCAAUAGAUCGGAAUGCGAAUAAUUGUGCGAACGGCAUGUAAACGUCGUCGGAUAAUUAUACGGGCGCAUUAUUCACUCGUUGAUCAAUGAGUUUCGCGAAAGAACUUGCGAGAUCUCGCCGCAUAGCAUAGCGUAGCAUGUUGGAACGACGAAGUCCUGAGUCGGAGAAACUUAGAAAAAUUACUGUGUUAGCAUAAUUCGUGAGAGAGAAAAAGAAAGUCUAGUUGGAAGACAUUUUACCGGCUCAGCGGCAUUUUGCACUUAUGACAUGAAUGUCCGCCUCGAGAGUAUUGGUGCAGAGGAUAUCGUGGAUGGUAAUCCCAGAUUGAUCCUCGGUCUUAUCUGGACUAUAAUUCUGAGGUUCCAAAUUCAAGAGAUCGAAAUCGAUGUGGACGAGGAGAACGACAGCAGCGAGAAGAAGUCUGCCAAAGAUGCUCUGUUACUCUGGUGCCAGAGAAAGACAAAUGGCUAUCCUGGUGUUAACAUACAGGAUUUUACCGGCUCCUGGAGAAAUGGACUUGGUUUCAACGCUCUCAUACACGCUCACAGGCCGGACUUGGUUAAUUGGUCGGAAUUGCAGCAAAAUAAGAACAUCGAUAAUCUCAAUUGUGCCUUCGACGUUGCUAAUACGGAACUCGGCAUUCCACGGCUGUUGGACGCAGAAGACGUGGAUACAGCCAGGCCAGACGAGAAAUCCAUUAUCACCUAUGUUGCAUCUUAUUAUCACACAUUCGCUAGGAUGAAGAAUGAAAUAAAGAGCGGCAAAAGAAUAGCGAAUAUUGUUGGCCAAAUGAUGGACGCCGACAAGAUGAAGAUCCACUACGAGCAACUAACGACUGAUCUGUUGGAAUGGAUCAAGAUGAAAACCGAGGUUUUGGAAAGUCGCAGCUUCCCAAAUUCGCUCGAAGGUAUUCAACGGGAACUGUUAGCCUUCAAGCAAUAUCGAACAGUGGAGAAACCGCCAAAGUACAAGGAACGGUCCGAGAUAGAAGCGUUAUACUUUCACAUAAACACGCGGUUAAAAUCUUUGAAUCAACCGGCAUUCACCCCACAAGAGGGCCAGCUAAUUCACGACAUCGAGAGAAAUUGGGUAGAGUUAGAGAGAGCGGAGCAUCGCCGUGAAGUCGCCCUGAGAACUGAGUUGUUACGACAAGAAAGGCUCGAGCAACUGAAUUACAAAUUCGAGAGAAAAAGCGUGCUCAGGGAAGGUUACUUGAAAGAGAUGAUUCAAGUCCUGACGGACCCUCGGUACGGUAGCAACCUAGCGCAAGUAGAUGCCACGGUGAAGAAGCACGAAGCCAUCAGUGCUGAUAUCUUGGCACGCGAAGAGCGCUUCCAUGAUCUGACAAACAUGUCCGAAGAAUUAGUGCGGGAGAAUUAUCACGGUUUAGAAAGAGUCCGUAACAGAGAACAAGAAGUGUUGCAGAGAUGGAAAGAAUUGUUGGCUCUACUUGACCAUCACAAAUCCAAUCUGGUCGCGCUAAGCUCAUUAAUGACCUUAAUGAGAGAAAUCGAUACAACGUUGGCUUCCAUUCAAGAGCUACAACUGAACUUCCAAAGCAUUGAUGUAGGUCCGCAUUUACUCGGAGUCGAAGAUCUGCUGCAGAAACACAGCUUACAGGAACUACAGGUGACGGCUUUAGGCGAAAGCCAAAGACGGCUCGGCAGACAAGCUGCUCAACACUUGGCACAGCCGCAGAACAAGGAGGUGCCGUUGCUGCAGCAGAAAUUGGAGUUAUUAAAUAGCGCUUACGACGAACUCGUGGAGAAUAGUAAAGAACGUAAGGCUCGGUUAGAAGACGCUAGAAAUUUCUUCCACUUCCUUCAAGAUCACGAGGAUGAAGAGUCGUGGCUGGUGGAAAAACAACGAAUAUGUAAGGCUGGUAUUUCGGCGAAGGAUUUGCGGGCCGUGAUAUCGCUACAGCAGAAACAUAAGGCUCUGCAGGAUGAGAUGAAAGUGCGUAGGCCGAAAUCCGAGCAACUUUGCGAUGCCGGUAGAAAGCUGAUAACUGACAAUCACCCGUCAGCAUUGGAAAUACAAAAUCGAAUAGACUCGCUGCAGGAACACUGGAGGGUAUUGGAAGAACUGGCGGCAUUGCGGAAGAAGCAAUUGGAUGACGCGGCGGAAGCGUUCCAAUUUUAUGCUGACGCGAACGAAGCGGAUUCAUGGAUGAACGAAAAAAUGGCUCUAGUGGCCUCCGAGGAUUAUGGGGUGGACGAACCAAGCGCUCAAGCUUUGUUGCAGAGGCACAAAGAUUUGGAGGGUGAACUAAAUGCCUACAAAGGUGAUGUGCAAUCCUUGAACGCACAGGCGGAGAAACUCAUCAAAUCCGGCAUCUCUACCCUGGAAUUGUCCGCCGAUCCGGAACCAGUCGCCGAACUUGAGCAGGAAGAAUGGAGCAAAGAGAUUAGAUUGGUGCCGCAAGACGAGUGGGUGGACGAAGUGAUUGAACGACUCGAGCAGAAAACCAUUCAAGAGGAUAGACUAGUACCGCAAAUAAAGAGUCUAUAUCCAUUUAACGGUCAAGGCAUGCACAUGGCGAAGGGCGAAAUUAUGUUUCUGUUGAACAAAACGAAUCCGGAUUGGUGGAGCGUUAGAAAAGCUGACGGUACGGACGGAUUCGUGCCAGCUAAUUACGUACGCGAGAUCGAGCCAAAGGUCGUGCAAGUGCAAGUACGCAGACCUGAAAAGGUUAAAGUCACGCAGCGUGUGAAGAAAACGAAGAUGGUGAAGCAAGUGGUACCUGUUCGGCGAUUAAAAUCCAUCAAGUCUACCGUGAAACCGAUCAAGCGAAAGGCGGUGAGCGAUGGUGAUAGUGUAGAAAAGCGACAAAAGAAGAUCAAUGACACUUACAGCGAGUUACAGGAACUCGCGGUGAAGCGUCACGCGUUGCUGGAGGAUGCGAUCAGGCUUUACGGCUUUUACCGAGAGUGCGACGACUUCGAAAAGUGGAUCAAAGACAAAGAGAAGAUGUUAAGAGUCGACGAUCCUCGCGAUAACGUCGAGACGGCGAGAAGAAAAUACGAGAAGUUCCUAACGGAUCUGUCAGCCUCCGGGAAACGGGUCGAGGCAAUAGAUGCAGCGGUAGACGAAUUCGUCCGUCAAGGUCAUAGUCAGCUAGAUAAAGUUAAAGCCAGGCAGAGGCACAUUCAUCAGCUGUGGGAUCAUUUGAAUUGGUUAAAAACACAAAAAGAAAAAAGCUUGGAGGGUGCGUCCAGCGUUGAAUUGUUUAACAGAACUUGCGACGAAGCUCACGAUUGGAUGCUCGAAAAGAUCACCCAAUUAGAUACAGCCGAAUUAGGGCCUGAUCUGAAAACAGUGCAGGCUCUGCAAAGGAGACACCAGCAUUUGGAACGAGAAUUGGCACCAGUUGAAGAAAAGGUACGAAAAGUGAAUUUAUUGGGCAACAGCGUUAAGAAUUCAUACCCACACGAAUGUAACAACGUCAAUGUGAGACAAACCGAGAUCAAGGAUCUGUGGAACAAAGUCCAAACGAAGGCCAAGGAACGACGAUCUCGUUUGGAAGAUGCGGUCGGCCAACAGAUAUUUAUGAACAGUUCGAAGAACUUGAUCAAUUGGGCGACAGACAUACAAGAAACAAUGAAAGCCGAGGAGCCAGUAAGAGACGUUGCCACAGCCGAGCAACUCAAGAAACAGCACAUGGAACUUGGAGAAGAAAUACGAACCAAAGAAGACGAAUUCCGGGAGGUAGAAGACCUCGGUCGAGAACUAUUACGUCGUAAUACAACAUUGACAGAUGUACGCGAACGUCUGGAUAAAUUAAAUGGAUUGUACCCAAUGGUAACAGCCAAAUGGAUGGCAAAAGAAGAAUGGAUACGACAAUGUCUAGAAUUACAACAAUUUAAUCGAGAAGCUGAUCAGAUCGAAGCCACUACCAGUUCUCAUGAAGCUUUCCUUGAAUUCACUGACUUAGGCGAAUCUUUAGAUGAUGUCGAGGCUCUAUUGAAACAACAUGAAAAAUUCGAAAACACUCUUCACGCGCAAGAUGACAGAUUGAAAGCAUUUAGUGACACCGCAGACAAGUUAAUCACUCAAAAUCACUAUGAUAAAGAUUACAUCAAUGAAAGAAGGAAUCAAGUACUAGCUCGUCGCAUGGCAGUAAAGGACGCCGCUCAACGUCGAAGAGCAGCCUUGAACGCAUCCGAGCAUUAUCAACAAUUUUCGGCAGAAGUGGACGAUUUGCGCGAUUGGUUGGGCGACAAGAUGAAAACCGCAGCCGACGAAAGCUAUCGUGAUUUGAACAAUCUCGAACGUAAAUUGCAAAAACACGAAGCUUUCGAACGUGAACUCCGAGCCAAUGAAGGACAGUUGAGAGCAGUUAACAAAGCGGGCAAGGCGCUCAUAUCAGAAGAAAAUUACCGAUCAGACGACGUAGGAAAGACUUUGAAAGACUUAAAUGAUCAAUGGGACCGACUAGUAGCAUUGUCUUUGGAAAAAGGUCGUAGACUACGACAAGCGGCUUCACAACAUGGAUACAAUCGUACUAUGGAAGACGCCAGAUUGAAAUUGGAAGAGAUAGAGAGUUGUUUGCAAAGUAAACAAGUAGGCGUCGAUCUUCGCAGCUGCAAAGAGUUGCUGAAAAAGCACCAGACUCUUGAGAGCGACAUGUGUCAGUGGGAGCAGAAAGUAGAUGAUUUAGUGGCCAUGGGUCAGGAAAUGGCACAUGAAGGUCACUUCGAUGCGGCAAAUAUUCUGAAGACCAGUCAAGCCACUCAAAAAAAAUUCCGCAGUUUGAAGGAACCAGCUAAAAAACGUCGAGAAGCAUUGGAGGAGAGCUUGCGUUUCCAUAAAUUCGGCUUUGAAUUGGACGCAGAAUUGCAGUGGAUCAAGGAUCACUUCCCUCAAGCAUCCUCGACGACGCUCGGACAAAAUCUGCAUCAAGCUCAGACUUUGCACAAGAAACACAAAAAGUUGGAAGCGGAGAUCGUCGGUCAUCAGCCUAUGAUAGAUAAGACUUUGGCUUCUGGGCAAACGCUCAUCGAUCAGGCUCAUCCAGAAAAGAAAAAGAUUCAAGAACUGUGUGAUGUUUUGGAUGACGCUUGGAGGGACUUGCAAGAUAAAGCGGGAGAGCGCAGCAAAGCGUUAGACUUGUCUUUAAAAGCACAAGAAUUCUUUUUCGAAGCCGGCGAAGUCGAGAGCUGGCUUAACGAGAAGAACGAUGUGUUAAGCUCCACCGAUUAUGGCAGGGAUCGCGAUGCUGCCACGAAAUUAUUGACAAAACAUAAGGCUGUUGAGCUCGAAUUAGAUACGUACAAUGGCAUCGUGACAGAAAUGGGACAUACCGCUUCCACAAUGAUCAACUCGAAGCAUCCCGAUAGCAAGGCAAUAGCCAACAAGCAGCAAGCAAUCGUACAACAAAUACGGGCUUUGCAGCGAUUGGCUACUGUAAGGCAGCAACGUUUAAUGGAGAGCAUGUAUCGCCAUGAAUAUUUCCUGGAGAGUAGAGAAUUAGAGCAAUGGAUCAAAGAACAAGAACAAGCAGCCGCGUCAGAGGACUAUGGUCAGGAUUAUGAGCAUUUGUUGCUAUUGCAAGCGAAAUUUAAUGACUUCAAACAUCGAAUAGAAGCUGGUUCCGAGAGGUUCAAUCAAUGUGAGGAAUUAGCCAGAAAACUGAUCGCGAACGAGAGUCCUUACAUUCAGGACAUCGAAAAACGACAGGAACAAUUAGGAUCUGAUGAAGAUGAACCGGUGCUACAAGUACAAAAUCAACAAACGGUGAUGAAAGAAUCAUGGCAGCACCUGUUGGGUCUCAUCCGAAAUCGCGAACAACGAUUACAAGCGGCAGGUGAAAUUCAUCGAUUCCAUCGCGAUGUAGCAGAAGCACUAUCGCGAAUCCAAGAGAAAGAAGCUGCUUUACCAGAAGAUCUUGGACGCGACUUAAAUUCCGUUUUGGCCUUAAUUAGACGUCAUGAGGGAUUCGAGAAUGACCUAGUUGCGUUGGAGGCUCAACUGCAAGUUUUAGUCGAGGAUGCGUCUAGAUUACAAGCUCAUUAUCCGGGAAACAACGCGGUGCACAUCGAUCAGCAACAACAAAUCGUUGUUGCUCAUUGGGAGGAAUUGAAAGAGAGAUCCGCUCAUCGAAGAGAUCAGUUGCAGGCUAGCUGCGACUUGCAACGAUUCCUUACUCAGGUAAGAGACCUGAUGAACUGGGCAGCUGGACUCCGCGCUACAAUGUCAACGGAAGAAAAGGUUCGAGACGCAGCCAGCGCGCAGAUUUUAAAGGCGGAGCACGAAGCUUUAAAAGGGGAAAUUGAAGCACGAGAGGACAGCUUUAGUUCGGUGCUGGAUCUCGGCGAAGCCAUGGUACAAACCGGUCACUACGCCGCUAUGGAAGUCGAGGAAAAAUGUAAUCAACUGCUGGAUGAGCGGCAAAGGCUGCAUACUGCUUGGCAGCAAAAGAAAGUGCAUUUGGAUCAACUGAUUGACUUGCAUUUCUUCCUGCGAGAUGCCAAACAACUCGAUACCUUGUCUAGUACUCAGGAGGCCGCGCUAAGCGGUGACAAUUUUGGAGUCUCGGUCGAAGAGGUAGAUGCGCAAAUGAAAAAACACAACGAAUUCGAAAAAUUGUUGGUCACGCAUGAGGAGAAACUAACAGCGUUGCAAGAGCACGGCAACAAACUCUUGACUCAAAAUCAUUUCGACUCACCGACAAUCGCUCGACAACUGAAUGAAGUCGUUCAAAGACGCGCAAGAAUUCGUGAUUUAUGCGAUGUGCGAAGAAGAAGGUUGGAAGCUAGUUUGCUACACGCACAGUUCGUUAGAGACGUGGGCGAAGCCGAGUCUUGGAUAGGUGAAAAGCAAAAGAAGUUGGAAGCAGAAGCAUCGAAAGGCGAGGUAUCUAGUUUGGAGGAUAAAAUUAAGAAGCUGCAGAAGCACCAAGCGUUCCAAGCAGAGCUGGCAGCAAAUCAAAGCAGAAUCGAGGAAAUUAAAGCAAAAGGAGAAACAUUGUUAGCGCGAAAACAUCCGGCAAGCGCGGAAAUUCGUCAACAAUUAGAGCAUCUACAUGCGUCUUGGCGGAAAUUGUUGUUGGAGUCUGGAAAUCGGGGCAGAGGUUUGGAAGAAGCCCAAGAUAUCUUGGAAUUCAACAAUCAAGUGGAGAAAAUCGAGGCAUGGAUUAGAGAUAAGGAAAUGAUGGUCCAGGCUGGUGAUACCGGGAAAGAUUAUGAGCACUGCUUAAGCCUCCAAAGAAAACUCGAUGAUGUAGACAGUGAUAUGCGAGUAGAUGAUUCUAGAAUAAAAUCGAUUAAUGCUUUGGCGGAUAAGCUUAUAAAACAGGGUCGUGAUAAUGAAUCAAAAACAAUUCAACAACGGCGUGAUAACUUUAACAAUAAGUGGAAAGGUUUGCAAGGUGCACUGAGCACGUAUCGCGAAACAUUAGCGGGUGCAUUGGAGAUCCAUCUAUUUAACCGGGAUAUAGACGAUACAAACCAAAGAGUUAUUGAGAAAUCAGUGGCUAUGAAUACGAGUGACAAAGGAAAAGAUUUACCCGCUGUCGAGCAAUUACAAAGAAAACAAGAAGCUAUGGAGCGAGACAUGACAGCAAUAGAAGGCAAAUUGAAGGAGCAUAAGGCAGAGGCGCGAAACUUAUCGCGCAAGUACCCAGAUAAGGCAUCCGAAAUAAACGGAAUACUGUCAGAACUGCAAUCUAACUGGGAUGAUCUACAACGUGUGACUCGACAUCGGCGUGACGCUUUGAAUCAAGCCUACACAUUGCAUAAGUUCCAAGCUGAUCUACAUGAAUUGGAAAUUUGGGUGGCAGAUAAUAUCAAACGCAUGGAUGAAUCUGAACCACCGACUACCAUAUCUGAAGCCGAAGCUGUAUUAGAACUGCAUCAAGAGAGGAAGGCAGAGAUUGAUGGUAGACAAGACACAUUUAAAGGUUUAAAAGAUCACGGACAUAAGCUCCUAUCGAUUAACGAGGAUGUCAAAGAUAAUCUUGAUCAUCUAGAAGAACUUAGACAAACCUUAGGAAAUGCCUGGGACAAUCGUCGGCAGAAAUUAACGCAAGCGCAUCAAUUGCAAUUGUUCAAGGAACAAGCCGAUCAGGCUGACAGUUGGCUAGCGACGAAAGAAGCAUUCCUCAACAACGACGAUCUCGGCGAAUCAUUAUCAGGCGUCGAGACAUUGUUGCGUAAGCAUGAAGAAUUUGAGAAAAUGUUGGCACCUCAAUUGAGUCGCAUCGAGGAGCUCGAAAAGUUCGCCAAUGAAAUUCUAUCAUGUGAACACGCGGACGCAGGUAUAAUAAAACAGCGACUUGCUUUGGUUUGUACCAGAAGGGACAAAUUGAAAAACAGCUCGACAGCCAGAAGAAAGAAACUGUUGGAAAGCCAUCACUUGCAUCAGUUUCUCAGGAACAUAUAUGAAGUGGAAGGCUGGUUGCAUCAGAAGCAACAGGUGGCGGGCGACGAGAAUUACAGAGACUCCUCGAAUUUGCAAAGUAAAAUACAGAAACAUGCUGCGUUCGAGAGCGAAUUAAUGGCAAAUAAAGGGAGAGUUGCGGCAGUAAUCAAUGAGGGCGAAGCGCUUAUCGAGGAAAACCACUACGCCUCAAAAGAUAUACAAGAACGUUUAGACGAAUUGGAAGCGGAGUGGCGUCACUUGCAAGAGACUAGCGAGUUGAAGAAGAACCGGCUAAAUGAUGCGUAUCAAGCUUUGCUAUUCGGUCGUAGUUUGGACGAAUUCGAAACAUGGAUGGACGAGAUCGAAACCCAGUUGCAAUCAGAGGAUCACGGUAAGGAUCUUUCAAGCGUGGCAAAUUUGCUGAAGAGACACACCAAUUUGGAGAACGACGUGCUUGGUCACAAUGAGGCGUGCGAAUCUAUCAAGGAUACCGCUGCCAGCUUUCAGAAAUCGAAUCAUUUUUUGAGCGACGAGAUUCAAAAGAGAGCGUUGGUUACAAUCUAUAGAUAUCACAGUCUUCAGGAGCCGAUGCAGAUACGCAGAGACAACUUGGAAGAUGCGAAAUUACUGCAUCAGUUUGCGAGAGAUGUCGAGGAUGAAUUGCACUGGCUUUCGGAGAAGGAGCCAUUAGCCGCGAGUAAUGAUCUCGGCAGCUCCUUGACUACCGUACAACGAUUACAAAAGAAACAUCACGCUUUGGAAGCGGAAUUAUUAUCCAGAGAACCCGUAGUAGCUUCGCUGGUUAGCAGAGCGACUGUGAUGAUUAGAAGUGGGCAUUUCGCAGCCGAUAAGAUUGAAACGUUGACCAAAAAGUUGCAAGAGGAAUUGUCGCAUCUCAGAGAUCUGGCAAGUGUCAGGAAGCUGAGAUUACUCGACGCUGUAGAAUCACAAAUGUUUUAUGCCGAAGCCGCGGAAGCUGAGCAGUGGAUUAGAGAAAAACAUCCGCAACUGACAUCAUCUGAUCAUGGCAAAGACGAAGAUUCUGUGCAGUCUCUAUUGAAAAAGCUUAAAGGCAUCAAGCGUGACUUGUCUGGUUUCGAAAACACCGUUGAAAACUUAAAAAAGCUUUCGUGCGGCUUAAUCGAGAGACAUCACUUUGAUAGUAAAAAUAUUAUGCAAAAACAAGUAGAUAUCGAGUUGAAAUUUAUAGAAUUGAAACAAUUGAAAGAAUAUCGACUGCAGAGAUUAUCUGAGAGCGAGAAGUUUUAUAAAUUUAUCAGACAGGCGGACGAAGUAAUCGAAUGGAUCGGGGACCAAACAACAAUUGCUGCAUCCGAGGACUACGGUUGUGACGUAGAACACGUGGAAUUGCUGAUCCAGAUAUUCGACAAUUUCCUAGCUGGUUUAGCAAGGACGUGUAUCAGCGAAGAACGUAUAUUAGCUGUUCUUGACGAGGGGCAGAGGUUGAUCGAGCAGAACAAUCCUGAGAAAAAUAAGAUACUCCAGAAAAUUGACGAAACGAAGCAACAAUGGGAUGAUUUAAAGGAAUUGGCGCAUGCUCGACAAGACGCAUUGGCAGGUGCCAAGCAGGUUCACAUGUUUGAUAAAACAGCUGAUGAGACCAUUUCCUGGAUACAGGAGAAAGAAGCGGCUCUCAGCUCGGACGACUACGGCCAAGAUUUGGAAGCGAGUCAAGCACUGGUAAGGAAGCAUCAAGGAUUCGAAACUGAUCUGGCGGCUGUGAAGGAACAAGUAGAGAGUUUAAUGGAGGAAGCAUCAAGAUUGAUUGAGCUGUUUCCGGAUGCGCGUGUACACAUCAAUGUGAAGCAUCAGGAAGCAGAAGCGGCCUGGGCCGAGCUGCUGGAGCAAGCAGCGCAGAGGCGAAGUAAAUUGGCUCAGGCGGAACAGCUACAGGCCUACCUAGGCGAAUACAGAGAGCUGAUAUCUUGGAUAAACGAGAUGGUAGCCAAAGUGACGGCGCCAGAAUUGGCGCGGGAUGUUCCUGGUGCUGACGCACUGCUUUCCAGACACAACGAGUACAAAUCGGAGAUUGACACGCGCGAGGAAGCCUUCGAAAAGUUCUAUCGAACCGGACAAGAGCUAAUCGAGCAAGGAAACUUCUUGGCAAAGGAGAUCGAAGACAAAAUAUCAGUGUUGCAGCAACGUCAACAGAUCCUGAAGGACACGUGGCGACAAAGGAGAUACAUUUACGAACAAAAUUUGGACACGCAGUUAUUCAAGAGGGAUGCCGAAACUUUGGAAAAUUGGAUAGUCAACAGAGAACCGAUGCUGCACGACGAAAAAUUGGGAGACAGUAUUUCGCAAGUAGAAGAGUUGAUAAGGAAACACGAGGACUUUGAGAAGACCAUACAGGCGCAAGAGGAAAGAUUUAGCGCGCUUAAACGAAUAACGAUGCUGGAGGAAGCCUUUCAAAAGCAGCAAGAAGCGGAAAUGGCCGCACGUCAAGCGGAGAAAGAACGUGUGGAACGUGCUAAGAUCGAGGAACGGAAACGUAAAGAAGUGCAAAGGAUAACAGAAGAGCGGAAACGUGAAGAAGAACGUAGGCGAUUAUUAGACAAUUCUCAUCGUGCGCAACAUGACGAACUUAACGGCUCGGUCGACGAACAUGAGUCUGCGAAUAUGUUAUCUCCGUUGAAAGGUGCUACUGCUUCCGAAACAAUAGAACCUGCGACAUCUCAGAAGCCAUUCGGUUUAUCGCACAUGUUAGGCGAAAGAUUAAGACGAGCAACAUCGGACAUCAAGAGAGCUGAAAGCAUGAAAGUGGAUACGAAGAAACCAAAACGAACUCCGAGUUUCACAACAAGACGAAGAACGCAAAGUUUCCGUAGAUUACAGCGAAUGGAGAAUAUGGACGCUCUGCGACCAGUUGAGAUUCAAGGUCUCCUCGAGCGAAAGCACGAACUUCAAAGCUCUGGCAAAAAGGCAGCUGUUCGAUCGUGGAAACAAUAUUACACCGUAUUGUGCGGACAACUGCUGUGCUUCUUCAAGGAUAUAGAAGAUUUCAAUUUAAGUAAAGCUGCCACUGCCCCGAUAACCAUUUUCAAUGCUAUAUGCGAGAAAGCGGAUGAUUACACGAAGAAGAAAAACGUAUUUCGAUUGAAGUGUACGGACGGUUCGGAAUUCUUGUUUUUAGCACCAAGUCAGGAAGAAAUGGAAGACUGGGUUAAUAAAAUCUCGUUUCAUGCAAAAUUACCACCAAGUCUGCAACUUUUAAGCUACGAUGAUUCUCAAAAGAUGCAGCAAGAAAGUUUGCAAAGGCUGCAGAGUUCGAGACUCGAGCAUACCGACGACAACGCGUCGACCGGAAGUAGCCGCGCUUCUACACCGGAGAUGGAGCGCAAAAACUCUGUGAUCAGGCGCGAUCCUACCUCGCCGAAUCAACAUUCGCCUAGCUCGGUACAAAUAGAGUUCCUGCAAAUGCAUCGGCACAAUCAACAACGGCGCAACGACAUGCAAAACGCCGAGGCUUUCCUAACGUCACAGAGAUCCGAGCCUCAGACUCAGACUCAGACGGAAUUUUUACAGAUGCACAGGCAACAACAACUGCUUGCGCAGCAGCAGCAACUGAUACAGCAAGAGCAACUUGCUGCUCAGCGGGAUCAGUAUCAACAGAAUUCUGACAAACCGCCCAUACCACCACGAGGCGCCCCUCCACCUGUCCCUAUGCGAACACCCAGUUCAGAAAAUAUGAUGCAAUACAGGCGCAACGAUGUAGAGCAUCAUUUGCCACAAGGAAGGCCCAACGUUUACCAACGAAGCGCAACACUAAAUCACAAUGGAUCUGGCCAGUAUCCGACGAACGAGCCAGUAUGGCAUCGACAAAGCAGUGUAGAUCUUCCCCCGCAACAUCAAGAAUUAGCACCUCCAUUGCCAUCGAGUGCCCCUCCACCGACUAGAAUGGUUCAAUGGAAUAUUCCUCGUGAUUCUGCGUACGGGAAUGUUCCAAAUAUUAGACAAGGUGUACAGCAACAGAACAGUACUUUCACUGGCAGACCGACAUCAUUGCCGCCUUAUGUCGCUCCGCCAGCAGCUCCGCAAACAUCUCCUCCGAACAUCGUAGUGAUGGACAAUAGAAGAGCGUCGGAGAGUGGAUCGGAAAGUGAGCAAAGCUCGGGCAGUAAUCGAAAAGGUCGCGAUUACAAACGAAGUUCCGUAUUGAGCAAUCUAUUUGGAAGAUACAAAAAACCCUCUCAGUCGUAACGCACUUUCUAGAAGUUUUCAUGAAGCGUGUCCAUAAUUACCAUCUUUACUCACUUCUUACACGAGCUAUUCUUUAAACAAAAAACAAUCUUUCUCGUAAAGCGAACGACAAAGUUCCUUCACUACAUCACCGGAGAUUUAAAUAUCACGACACUUUUGUUAAACAGUACAUAGUAAUUUAUUUUUCUUUUUUAAGAGGGUAUUAUAAUAAUUUCGUUGUGCAAUGAUUUUAAUAUGUUGUACUUUAAUACCAUGCAAAUAUAAAUAUGCAGCAAAUUUUCGGGUAUUUACGAUCGAGAUCGAUUGUUGAUUAUAAUCAAAAUAUAUUUUUACUUAUAAAUAAAAUAAUAUUCCUACGUGUAAAAAAUCAAAGUCAUUAAAGAGUCAAAAAAUAAAAAUGUAAAAAAUUGAAAUUCAUAUUUUCAUUAAUAAAAUUUCGAUCGUUCAGAAAUUCAUAUUCUUCGAAAAUAUGGAGCCAUUAGGUAACGAAUUAUUUAGAAAUAUUUCGGAAAUUAGUAACAUUAGUGUGUGUUAGUAACAUUUGCAAGUGUCUUUAAAAAUAAAAAUUAGAUUAUCAACUGUCAUAAAUCUCACAUAUUCCAUAAUUAAAAAAUUUAAUUAUUUUUUGAUAGUCAUUAUUGAGAGAUUAUUAUUGUUAGAUAAUACGUUUCAAAAUAAUUCUUUUACAUUAAAUCUUAUGGUAGAAAAUAUUUAAAGAGUACAUAUAGUAUAUACUAUUUAUUUUUAUAUAUUUAUUAAUAGUGCAUUUAAAAGACAUCCUUUAAAAGACUAUGACAGUUGAAUGAUAAACAUUUUCAGUUAUUGUAUUGAAAGAAACAAAUAUACAGUUUAUAAUAUUGAUUUUUUUAUACUCAAUAUUAAACUUUAAACAUUAUAGCGUUUUCAACUGCAGUGGGUUUGAAUCUAAUCUAAGAUGAGUUAAUGAGGUCGCAUGCUCUUUAGAUUCUAAUUGAACGGAUCCAGUAUAACUCCAGCGAUAAAAAUCUACUGCAAUCGAAAACGUUAUUAGUUUCUAAUCUAACAACGAUGAACUCUGUUAUGACUGCAGUAAUAGAAUUAUUGAAUGAUAAAUUUAACAUUUUGAAGACUAUGAGCAUUGCAACGAAUACAAUAACGUUUUGUAAUAUAAAAAAAAAUUACAAUUCCAUGAAAGAAAAAAUGACCACUACCGAGUUUAUUUGAGAUGUACCUGACUUUAAGAAUAAAGUGUAUGACUUCUGUUUUCGGAGAUUCCUUUUUUUUCUUUUUAAGUUAAAAAUUAUCAAGAAAGAGACGUUAAAAUGCCAGAAGGGUAUAAUGUUUAAGUUGUAGAUGUCAUAAUAUAUGUUGCAAAUAUUAUAUAUUUGAAAACCCACAUGUGGGACCAAUGAUCUUAAUGUAUUAUGUACCAGAGAUAGACAUAUUUUUUGAUGAGGAAGACGAAAUAUUAUAUAUAUUCUCGAGCGUUAUACCAUUUCUUAUGAUAAUGGUGAUGUUAUGAAUGUAAAGUGUAUUUAAUAUAAUACAAUAAAAAAAUUGUGUACUAUGGCGUAUUAUCGCUAUCUCGCAUGUAGUUAUAGAAAGAGAGAGAGAAAAGGUCAAAAUAUAAUAUUAUACAAAAAAGAAA